AUGUCUGACGAUCACAAAAAAGACUUCAAGCUAGAAUGGAAAGGUUUCUCCGAGACCAAGUUUAGCUCUUUAGCUGAUCAACUCUUCAAAAGCUCCGAUUUUCAUGAAAAAGUUCGAGAAAGAAUAGUUAAACAGCUUAAAUCUAGUCCAAAAUCUUACAAAGUAUUGAUCGAAAUGGACUCGAGUAAAAAAAGAAGCAAAGAUGUUCCGAAAGACUUCUCCGAGUAUGUAAACAACAUGUCCAAGAAGGGCGUGUGGGGCGAUGAAGUCACAUUGCAGAGGUCCAUUUCAACUCCAUCCACUUGA